CAUGUAAACAACCUUUCGUUGAACAUUUCCUGCAUCUCUCGCACCCCUGAAUUUUCAAGGUUGUCAAAAGGUAUAUAAACUUAUACCUGAGAUUAUGAAGAUAUUACUCAUCCUUGUUGUUAGCCUAGCUUAGCUACAUCUGAAAAUGAUUAAGAUCGCCGUCUUUUUUGCUGUUGUUGCAGCUGCUCAUGCCGCAACUCUAGUUGCACCUGGACUGUGGAAUUCUGGAAUUUUGGUCCCGUCAGCUGUCUCCACUAGCUCUGUUGUCGGCAUUCCCGGUGCCAUAACCACCGAGAGAAGGGUGAUUGGAACAACCGGACUUUGGGGUGGAUCUCCCUUGCUUCUUAGUAAUGGGAUCAUUGGAAAUGGCAUUAUCGGAGCUUCUCCUCUGAGUCUCAGCAGUGGAAUCAUCUCUCCACUUGGCAUUCCUAACGCUGGAAUAAUUGCUUCACCUGGAGUGGUCAAAACAAUUCUUAAAUGAAAGCUAGCUACUGAUUGCUCAAUUUAAUUUUGUUCAUGUUACCUUUCGAAAAUAAUAAUAAAUUGUUUUAAUACUUCAUUUUAAAAAUUA